AUGGGGAGUGGCGGCUCAACAGGAAAGGGCAGCAAGGCGAAGGACGCACAGCCGUCGGCAUCUGCCCCUCCGCCGGAAGACGCACAGUCCUCUGCAUCUGCCCCUCCGCCGAAGGAGGCACAGUCCUCCGCAUCUGCUCCUCCGCCGGCUGUUGAUGAAGCAGCCUUCAAAAGCUACGAUCCCAUCGCCGAGGCCAAGAGGAAGAACGAUGAGUACCUCAAGAAGGACACGAAGCAGCAGCUCGUGUCCAGGGAGGAGGAGCAGUCUCAGCUGGGCAAGAUCGAGGCUGCAUUCCGCACCAUCGACAAGGACCGUUCUGGGUACCUCGACGACAAGGAGAUCGAAGAAGGGUUGCGCAGCGCGGGGAUUGAGCCCCCGGCAGACAUGGCAACCUUCAUGAAGGAAGCUGACUGCAAUAGCGAUGGGAAGGUUGACCUGAAGGAAUUCAUCCGGAUCGCUGGCAAGCUGCUUGACCCCUCCAUGGGCGGGGCCCUGAACAGCCAGGCCGACUACCGCAAGUGGAUGGAGAUGAUCCACAAGAGCACGGGGUUGCCUCUUCUAUCGAAGGUAGCUGGUACGGUUGCUGCCGACGCCGCACCGCCAACGGAGGCUGACUCGCAGAACGUGUGUACAUUGAUGAACGAAAGGCAGUGGGGUGCCUUGUUCGACCUUUUCCAUCCGAAUGUGCGGGCGGUGUUUCCCAAGCAGGACAUGAUCAACACCAUGGAGUACUUCAUGGCCAGCGGUGCUGUUGCAUCCGUCGCGGGUGCCACCAGCGCGGCUGGUGCUGGCAAGCACAUCCAUUACAACAUCACGCGCAAAACCCUAUGGGACACAUCCGUGACGAAGCUGACGUGGAUCCUCGCCAACGGACAGAUCUAUGGGUUGGACCCCUCUGGCGGGACAACCAAAAAGCCAGCGGAAGAGCCCACAAAGAUGAAGGUUGGGUUGUACUUCGACACCAACGCCAUCGCCAGCGGGCACUGCAAGUGGCAUGCUGAGAUCGGUGAGGGUGAUGAGUACCUCGCCGGCUGGACGAGAUGCAACGCGCCGCACCAAACACACGAAGUUUUCGAGUUCUACCUGAUGCAGGACGGCAAGCGGGUGGAGUUGGAGCAGGUUGAGUUGGAGGAUGAGACAGGCUGUACACCGGCAGCGCACAACAAAGUGCUUGUCACGCGCGCCAAGGGACCGGGCACCAUCAUCCUCGAGCAGAAAUGGGUGCACUUGCACCGUAAGAUCGAGCUUUACAACGAAGGGAAUGCCGGCAAGUACCACGUUGAGAAGGACCUGGAGCCACUGACCGAGAAGCAAAAGCCGGAAUUAUUGGAUGGGUUGAGCGACCCCUCGUGGAAGAGCUUCGUGUCCAAGGGCGACAUGACAUGGAAGAAGGAUGAAGAGAACAUCAUCAUGUUCUGCAAGAGGGUUUGGGCCCACAUCAACGCCAACUUUCGCUACGACUGCUCUCCUGCUUGUUGUGCGCGGUUAACCUACGGCUCCAUUGUGGAUAGCGGGUUCGCCCACUGCAUCCAGCGCUCCCGGAUGAUGGCCGCCAUUCUUCAAGAGAAUGGCAUCGAUGCCCGCUACAAUCUUACCAACGCCCACACGUUCGUCACGGUGCUGGUACCUGGUGUGGGAUGGGUUCCAAUGGAGCCGACCUCGGAACACAUCGACCCAAGCAGUUGCGACACGCCUGAGGCCCUGGUGGCCAUCGGCACACCGGCUCAGGUGUCGCUGGACACGCUCGGCGUGUGGCAGAUGUUGGUAGACGAGGCAAAAGAGAAGCUGACUAGGGUCUUCGACCACAAGGACCCGCUGGAGGGUGAGAUCAGCGACUUCCUGUUGCCCUACUGGCCGGGGAGCUUCGAAAGCUUCAAAAGCUUCGGGCCUAUCACCUUAAAGAGGGAGGGCGUCUUCAAGGACUCAGUAGCUGAGUGGGCACACUUGACACUUUUUCGGGGUACUCUAUACUCUCCUAUAGAACUGAGAGUGUAG